AGUUCUGCACACAGUUAGAAACAGUUCAAUCAGUGUUCAUCGUCGACGCUGUCUGGUCUCUGUCUCUGCACAGGAAAAGCUAUGUAGUCUGUGUUUUGGAACCUCUGCCCUUGUGAUGGAUCUCCAAACCGUUCUCAAAACCACGCUGAAGAACAAAUAUCAGAAACCGAAUGAAGUGUCUUCUGAAAACUCAUUACUCCCUUCAAGACUUUGCUAUUGGAAGCCCAGGCAUGACGGUGCAUUAUUUGAUUUGUACGAGCAUGAGUUUAGACAUGUUGACAAGUCUAGCUUUCAUACGUGGGUUGUUUUUACAACCGUCCCGCUCACAGAUAUUUUAUCAUGUGACUGCAAACAUAACAGCAGUAAAAGAACAGUCAUCACUUUAGGAGUGAGUGGAGUUGGAAAAACCACAACCGUGCAGAGCUGUGCUCUUGAAUGGGCCGCAGGGAAGGGAUACCAUGAUAUCCACCUUCUGUUUCCUCUCACAUUCUGGGAGCUAAAUUUGUUUAAAUGCAAAUUGAGCAUAAUUGAACUACUCCAGACAUUUUACCCAGAACUGGAGGAGCUUGGUGGUUCCAGUCUAAAUAAAAACAAUGUGUGGUUUGUCCUUGAUGGACUGGAUGAGUAUAAUCUCCCCCUAAAAUUCAACGGUCCAGCAGUGAGUGAUGUUUCUGAGGUAACCACAGUGGAUGUUCUUCUGACCAGCUUGAUCAGGGGGACUUUACUUCCCAAUGCUCAUGUCUGGAUAACAACCCGGUAUGCAGCAGCAACACAAAUCCCUGAUGGCUAUUUGCUCAAAGAGACUGAGCUACAAGGGUUCAGCAAUGAACAGAAGGAGCAGCACUUCCGAACGGUUAUCGGUGAUGAUGAUCUGGCCAACAAAGCCAUCGACCAUAUGAGAAUAUCAAGGAGUCUUGACUUCCUUUGUCAGAUACCUUCAAUCUGCACCAUCCUGGCAACUGUUUUGAAGAGUCAACUAAAAGCAGACAAGGGGUUUAAAAUCAAUCCUUUGAGUCUUACCCAGAUUUACACUAAUCUGGUCAAAGCAUCGAACUCGGCUUUUAUUGCAAAACUGAAAAACCUGGCACUGCUCCGGAUGGCAGAGGGUAAUGUAAUGUACGAGGAUGACCUCUCAGAGAGGGACAUAAGUGCUGAAGAUGCAUCAACUUUCUCCAGAGAAUGUCCACUUGUGUUGAGAGAAGAGAAGGGGCUGCAUAACACCUCAGUGUUUCGCUUUGGUCACUCAAGCAUUCAGGAGUUCUUGGCUGCGUCUGCUACACUGGACGACAUUGAAGCGAAUCCUUUACGGUCUGGCUGUUGUCAGCAUCUGGUGGAAGAGGCGCUGCAGAGUGCUGAUGGAAAAUAUGAUGUCUUCCUACGCUUCAUCUUUGGCCUCAUUAAGGAGCGUCAUAUGCUUGGGCCCACUGAUCAGCUGUUUGACUACACCAAGAGGAAGAUCCUGGAGAGCAUUAUGUCUGACAGCGCUGUGAGUCUUUUCCACUGUCUGAGGGAGUAUGACAGCCAGGCUUUACUGAAUGAGGUGAAGUUCUUUCUGAAGUUUGGUUCCUCUCCUAUUGAUGGGUUCGCACCAAUGCAUUGGCAGUUUAUGAUCCAAAGGACCAGGACUUUUGAAGGGAUGAGGGAGACUUUUGAGAUGGAGGUGUCCAUGAGAUGUGAUGACAGACUCCUCAGGCAGCUACCAGCUAUUUUGAAAUCAAGGAAAGCCAUGCUGCGAUUCUCUAACCUGACAGACAAGUGUUGUCGAGCCUUGGCAGCAGUCCUGAGCACAAGAGAGUCAUACCUGAGGGAGCUGGACCUGGGAUACAACAGCAUCGGUGAACAUGGAGUCGGGAUGCUUGUGGAGGGGCUGAAUGAUCAAUACUGCAGACUGAAAGUUCUCCGGUUGCAAGGCUGUGGAGUGACCGCGAAAGCGUGUGAAUACUUGGCCACAUUCCUGACCCAAUCCCGGAGACUGCAGGAGCUGGAUCUCAGCAGGAAUGAGAUAGGAGAUUUAGGACUAGGAUGUCUUUGCAAUGGUCUGAGAUCUCAUGACUGCCUGAUAGAAACACUCAAACUAUCACAGUGCAACAUUCAGCAGAAGGGCUGCUACUAUCUAGCGUCAGCUCUGCAGAGGAACCCCGACCACCUGACAGUGUUGGAUCUGAGCAUCAAUCUGGUCGGAGACAAGGGUGCCAACAAGCUCUUUAGAAAGUUCGAUAUAUCACAGCUGAGAAAGCUGGAGAUGUACCACUGCAGCCUCACCGAGUUAAGCUGUGCAAGUAUCGGCGAAGCUCUGAAGUCUGAAGCCAGCACUCUGGUGGAACUCAACUUGAGCAGCAACAACUUGAAAGAUGCAGGGUUUGCGCUCAUGUGCGAAGGCAUGUACGCAUGGUGCAGUCUGGAAAAACUCAAUGUUUCAAGAUGUGGAAUCACUGGCUUUGGAUGCAUUUGUUUGGCAAAGGUCCUGUGUUCAGUCUCGCUGCGCUACAGUGGGGGGAUGCCGAACACAGACUUGCAGGCAGUGGAGCUGAGAGAGCUUGACCUCAGCAUGAACUGCCUUGGAGACAAGGGAGUCAGGGAAAUUUCAGCCGGACUGAAGAAUCCCUACAACCACCUUAAAAGUCUCAAUCUGAGCCAGUGCAGCCUGACUGAUGACUGCUGUGCAGAGCUUGCAUUGGGAUUUGGGUCCAAGGAGAGCAUCCUCAGUGAGCUGGACCUGUCUGGCAAUGACCUUCAAGACAAGGGAGUAAGGAAACUCUGCAUGGGACUCAGAAGCCCUCAUUGCAAACUCCAGAAGCUAUCACUGCGGACCUGUGGCCUGAGCCCGUGGAGCAUUCAGUUCCUGACCACUGCCCUGAAGUCAAAUCCCCAACAUCUGGCAGAGCUGCAUGUGAUGGGCAACAGCCUGGAGGACUCGGACAUCAGACAGCUUAUGAAACUAACAAAGAACCAGAAAUACUCAUUACAUACAAUAGAUGUCUCAGCCGACUGAGGAGACAGACAGAAAGCAGACAUAAGGACAAAAACUGGCUCACAUGUUUUAGACCACAUUGAUGGUGGGAAGGUCCUUGGAUUUCAGAGCUUAUUGUAGCAACAAUAUAAAGUGCACAAAGUGAAAGAGAAAUGAUUGUAUGAAUAGUUGAUGUUGUGAUUUAUCUACUCAUUUUAAAAUAUGUGCCUACACCUACAGUAUUCCUUGUAUAUUGCCUAUUUGUGGAUGUAAUGCAGAACUUGAAAUAAUACUGUAUGUCUUAUCAGUGACAACUAAAUAAACUAGAUUCCUUCUGGUC